AUGAGCGAAUCUCAGCUUCACACUCUCGUCAUCCCUGUGGAAGUACAGUCCCUUCGCCGAGAAUUCAUGGAAGCACUAGCCGCUUCUCGAGUCGCUGAAAUCUCGCUGUUCUCGUCAGGAAUGGUCAUCACGUUCUUCCACCUCUUCCUCCGUACGAACGCGACACGAAUGGUCAUUCGUCCCAUCGAAGAACUAAAGGCGCCCGCGAAACAACAACGGCCAAAGAUCCGUUUCUUCGGCCCUAGCGAUCUGGAGAUGCAGAUCAGUGGCCCGAUGGCAUUGCAGACAACUCAACGUUUACACAGUCAACAGGGUCUGAUCGAUGUCGGGCCAGAAAAGAACCGUGGUGACUUUGAUCCCCAGUACUUUGAACGACCAGAGCGGGCUUUGACACCGGCAUCGACCAAACCUGGAAGCCCUAUCGAUCCCACAAAGUGGCCUCUUCCACCUGCUCUCGACAACGAAACUACGAUACACGAACGCAAGCAAAGCCAAAGCUAUUCCUUGUUUCCCACACGCGCUGAGGAGGUACCUCGUCUUCCACCAACCGUUUACGAUCCAAAAGCUACCUCAGACGGUUCCUCUGUUUCCAAGCUUGCCCUGCGACGAUUUACUCGACGCGGCUCGGUCACGAAUGUCGGCGACGCUUGGGAUUUUCUGAGCAAGCCCAAACUACCGUUUGCAGAACGGCACCAACGCAUGCAAAGUACCGAUAGCAGUGCAACCGUCCAAAUUGGUCUCCGCUUCUCAGUUGCGCCUGCCACGCUUGCAGCAGCUAAGUGCACACGGCUUGAACGAGAUACCCCUCCGUUGAAGCGAGGUGCUACCGACAGCAGUGAAGCUUCGUUGGCUCUUCCGAUCCAGAAGCCUUCUACGACCAGCACAUCGCCAUCGCAGGAGAUGCUUAGCUCCAGCGUAUUCUCCCCUCCUCCCCCGCGUGGUGAGUCGCCAACACGACCCAGAGCGAACAGCCCAGCGCGGACUCCACCUUUCCCCAUCACACCGGCAGGUCAAUCUAGCGCUUACCUCCAGGCCCAACGCGAGAAGGUGCUACCCUCCCCACCCCCGAAGUCGCCAGCCUCCCCUCAACCCUCUACUACUCCGGCAAAGCCUGCUGUCCCCGAACCUGCCUGCAUCAGCGGACUGCGCAUGAACCCUGUGACACCCGUUACAUCAGUUGGUUCACCUACAACAUCAUCGCAGCCAGGCACACCUGCGUCAGUUAACAACCUCACGCGAACGAACAGUGGCCAUGCCGCUCCGUCACCCACAGCCCGUAUUCCACUUGGCGCGGGCACGAUGCAACGGAACCCGCCACGCAACAACGGCUGGAUCUAA